AAGUGGUGAAUGGUGUGAGGCAUUACAGUGGCGUAGAGAUUAUAAUGUUUUAGUCCUCUCUUCUACUCUCUCAGUAGACAGGUUUGACCCUUUUUGGGCAGCAGCAAUAGGGAGAGCUGCUGCUAGUGCAGCUGGCCCAGGCCAACCCCUGAAAGGCACUGUGAGAAUGUACUCUCCAUCUCUCAGUACUGGGUCCUUUACACACAGUUAUGUCUGAGUACUGACAGAUGAGGCAACACAUGAAUACCUGGUUUAUUUAUGCUGGCUCAGACGUAAGCAGUUCCCAAACGCUCUUGAAACUGCAGAAUGAGUGUGUCUUUUUUUUUUUUAAACCACUCAAAUUCUUCUCCAUAUGUCAAUUCCUAACCUAAAGCUGACCACUCCUUAUUCCAUCUCUGAUGCUAUUUCCUCCAUUUGUAUGUGGUUGGCUUUGCUUUUUAUUUCAUCAUAAGAAGGGGAUUCCUACACCAGAGCAUCCCAGAGUGAUGCUUGCAUAGUCAGUUCUUAGCAGAAACCUUUCUUCCACUUGGAUUGUUUUAUUUUUGUAAUGACAAGAAUGUGGAAUCUUCACAGCCUUCUCCUUGUCUUACCUGAAUCUUCAUAUGUCUUAUUAACCAAGAUAUGUUCUCCUAAACCAUCUUUUUAAAACAAUUUUUGCUACUAUAACAGAUUUUCGGAGCAUUCACUGGUAUUUGUCUUUACAGACCCUUUAACUAAAUACAGUUUACAUACUUCCUAUCUAAUAUAAGUUUCCCUUUUCCAGUGAAAUAUAUUUCACUGCUGGUGAACUCUGCCCAUCAAAAUGUUAAUGACAAAGUACCUUCUUCAAAAUAUUUAAGGAAAAAUAGUAAUCUUACAGUGGAGAAUCCUGACAGACAGUACUUUACCCAAAUGAUCAAAGUUAAUAUCACCAGUAAUAUAUAUUGGCAUCAUGUACCCUUGAUAUGAUGCAUAAGAGGGCAUCACCUCUGUGGUACCCUUGCUAGGAAUGCACAAGCACAAUCUAAUCAUGAGAAAACAUCAGAAAAAUCCAGACUGAGGGACAUUCUGCAAGAUAACUGACCAGUAUUCUUUGGAAGUGUUGAGGUCAUGAACAACGAGGAAAGUCUGAGAAACUGUCACAGAUCAGAGGAAAUGAAGAAGGCAUGACAACUAAAUAGUGUGGGAUCCUGGAACAGAAAAAGGACGUUAGUGGAAAAACUGGUACCAUCUGAAUAAGUUUGGUACUUGCACCAGUGUUAAUUUCUUAGUUUUAAUAAAUGUCUGUGGUUAUGUAACAUAUAUACAUAAGGGGAAGCUGGAUAUAGGGUAUUUGGGAAUUCUGUACUAUUUUUGCAACUCUUCUGUAAGUCUGAAAUUAUCUCAAAAAAAAAAAGGCAAAAAAAUUUUCAGAAUCCUAAAGAGAGGAUAUUGGCUUCUGUCUUUCUUUUCUCCCUCCAGUAUCUGAACCUAAAGGCUCUUCCCAGUAUAGCCCCUAGGGAUACCUCCCUAUCCCAGGCUGGCUUCCAAGUCACCCCUUUCUUUUCUUCCCUAGGCCUGGUCUACUUUCUUCUCUUUUCAGUUCUACCAGCUUUUGCUUCUGCCUAAAUAGGAAUUAUCCUUAAUGUACUCAUUCAUGCCUUUAGAAGUCUUCUAAGAGUUUGUUCUUUUAUUUUUUUAAAACGUGCAACUUACAGACAAUAAAUUGUACUAGUCUUAAGCGAACAGCUUGAUGAAUUUUACAUAUAUACAUAUACUUGUAACCACCACUUAUGUCAAGAUAUAAGACAUUUCCAAAGUAUGACAGUUUCUUUACGUUUAUAUCUCUUUGAGAAUCUGCUGAGUUGAUUUUUUUCCAGAAAAAUGCACACACACAAAUACUGUAUACAAUUUUUGCAUAUAAUUUCAGGAGGGUUCAAGGACUUCUUGAAGCUUGUCAGUGGACUAACUGGGAGUUUAUAGAUUAUAGAAUACGAAUCCAUAUGGAUCCCAUCUGCCCUAAACUACCAAGAAGUAUAAUACUGUUGCGGAUAGGAGUAUAGACUCUGGAGCCAGAUCAGCUGUGUUCAAAUUCAGGUUCCAUCUCUUACUAUCUGUGUGACUUUAGCUAAGUCACUUAACUCGUGCCUCAACUUCCUCAUCUGUAUAGAAUGGGGAUAAUAAUAGUAUCUACUUCAAAGGAUUGUUGCGAGGAUUAAAUAAGUUAAAUAUGUGAAGGGCUUAAAACAGUGCCUGGCAUAUAGUAAGAGCUGUGUAAGUUUUAGCUGUUGGCAGUUAUUUUUACUACCUUGUAUUAAACUUUUCUCCUCUUUUGCAUUUUCUAUGGUUCCUUCAGCCUUGAAAGGGCUGGCAGUUGCAUUGAUCUAGGGAAUGAAAUGUCAAGAUACUGUAUAGUAAGCCCUUUACUUUUUCCUUUUGAUUACCCUGUCCUUCCUCUAAGAAGGUGAUUGGAGCACUUUUUCUCAUGUCCUUUUCCCUGUAGUCGUAUCAGAAAGGAUUUUGCUGUUUCUUUUCCAAUGCCCCACUGCCACACACAGAGAAAACACUCCUAGUAAAGGCUGAGCCAAUGCUACUCCUCCUGUCCCUGCCGUGGAGUUUCCUACUCAAAGUACGAUGUAUGAUGUAUGGGUUUGGGGAUGACCAGAAUCCUUAUACUGAGUCAGUGGAUAUUCUCGAAGACCUUGUCAUAGAGUUCAUCACUGAAAUGACUCACAAGGCAAUGUCAAUUGGAAGACAAGGUCGGGUACAAGUUGAAGAUAUCGUCUUCUUGAUUCGAAAGGACCCAAGGAAGUUUGCUAGAGUUAAAGACUUGCUUACAAUGAAUGAAGAAUUGAAACGAGCUAGAAAAGCAUUUGAUGAAGCAAACUAUGGGUCUUGACAUCUUUUGUACUUUCUGAAGCUUCAUUAUCUUUUGGGGAAACCAUAUAUAAUAACUGUAUGUUUUCCACAAUAAGGUCCUGAUAUCUAGCCAUGUAAAUGAAAGAUGGGGAAACACCAAGUUUCAGCCUUUAUUUUCAUGUCUUCGAUUUUAGAGUGAUAUUUGAGCGGUCAAUUGCCUGCCAUUAUAUUACCAUACUUGAAUUACUUACUGGGUUUUAAUGACCACACGUAAAUUGAAGUACCUUGCAAACCCUUAAGUUCCUUCUGACUUUUGACUCUGUAAAUGAUAAAGUAGUAUUUAUGUAUCAGGUGUACCUGUAUCCUUUGUAGGCUAUACUGUAGCUGUUUAAUAUGUGAAAUCUAAAUGGCACCUUUGACUUUAUAAUAGCUAAGUCAUUUCAUGUAUUCUAAAGUUUUUAGACUACAGUAAUCUGAGAGGUUAUUAAGAUAGUGAACUGGUUUGUUUCUUUUAAGGAGAGGAUGGAGAAGAGGAGAAACAAGAGAAAAUGAGAAAAAUACAGUCUUUUCUAGGAGUGUUUAUUUGUCUUAAGACAAUUUGUGUCAAUAUUCUUUUAGAUAAGUGAUUUUUUUUUUUUUGGAGAAACUAAGUUUCAUGUGAAUGCUUCCGUGUUGGAAGCUUUUUUGAUUUAAAACCUUUUGGGCUUAGGAUAUACUACUUGUCAAGUUUUAAGAGAACUCAUUUUCUCAGGUCAGAUUAAAGCUUCUAAAAGUAAACGCUUUCAGUAACAGGAAUGGCAUUGCUCAAAAAGCUGAUGGCAGGAUAAGCAUUUGGGGUAGUGUUUUAUUAACGUAUUUGUCAGUACUUGUUCAUUGUGGAAAUGUGUAUGUGACUAAAACCAUAUGAGACUACGGAAACCACUUUUGUAGUUCAGGAUAUACUGGUUUUGUGUGUAUUUAGCUUAUUGUAUAAAUUAUUGCACUUAGCUUAAAAGAAGGAUUAAAAUUGCAUUCAAAGGGGUCACUGAAUAUUACUCUGUGAAACAAUGUCUUGUGUGCCACUUAUAAACAUUAUCUAUAAAUCAGUACUUAGGAAAAUUUUAUUUUCUUAACCUACUGAUACAAGGAAUAAAGUAUGAAAAAUUAGAAAGAUUAACACUUGAAUUUGACUAUGUGAUUUAUCAGCUUUUACCCUCAUUACUGGUAAUAUAAUUCUAGUUACUUAAUCUCACUAAAGACUGUUUUCUGUAUUGUAAUGCUCUUGAAUUGAUAAUGAGAUUUAAGAUAGCUAGGCUGAUCUUUUUGUUAUUUAAAAAAGUAAACCCACUUGAAAAGCUACUCCAGUCUAAGCUGAAAUCAAGAAUGGGAACGGAAUAAUAAAAGAUCAGUAUGUCACUA